AUGGCCGGAGUUCAAGCAGAACGCCAACGUGCUCGGGACUACAUCACCUGGCUGAAGCAGCAGCGGAUUGGUCCUGUCUACAUAGACCUCACAGGGCGCAGCGAUGCAACAGAGGUGAAAGUGCCGAGGGAGCUCACUGGCAUUUUGAAAGGCACUACCUUACGCGACAUUGAGCACGAGACAAAGACCUUUUGCUUCCUCGAAGGUGAUGUGGACUCUUCUGUGCCUUGGUUCAACAAAGGAAAUAGUGAGAAUCAGCCUCUCGUGAAGGCGGAGAUCCGCACAGGGCAGGCCAUUUGCCAAUCUUUGGAGAAGGAGAAGCUACAAGCCAUUCAACAAGCCUGUGGGGCUCGGCUCACUCAACAAGGCACCGAAAAUGCCAAGAAGCAGCUGCAAGAGUACAUUUUCGGCUUGAAGGUUGACGAGGAAUUCACUACACCGAGUGGAGUCCCUUUUCAUGUGUUCAUUGCCAAAGCCGCAGAUGGUACACCAUCUAUUCUGGAAGAAGUCCGCAAUAGGACCCGAGUUCGCGUACAGGCAGGAGGGGAAUGUGAGGUUUAG